GUAGUUAAUCCAGAUGCCCCUGCACAUCGUCAGCAGGCUCUACUUAUGGCAACCAAAGAGGCACGUUACUACCGGGUGAGAAGUAUGGUCUUCCCCAAACCUCCACAGGAGCUGCUCAGCCAAGUCACUGCCUUGACUCAUGCAGAGAAGCUUCUUCAAGCCGAGGGUAUCCACGUGCCUUCACGUCAGCAGUGCCUGGGAAAGCUGGUGGUGCCAUUUGGACAAUAUGAACAUGCACCGUUUCGGUGGCUCGUUGCAAACGACGUGGGAUAUAUGAAGUACAACGGCUGACAAGUACCCCCAGGUGUGAUCCUUCGUUGUGGCCAGGUGAUGAUGCUGAACUGAUAGCUGCAUCCCAGUCUGUGGAAGAUUCACUGAAGUCCCAACACUCCUUGUCUGCAAGUCAACCUUUAAAGCAACGGCUGACAAGCAGAGGUGUUUCCUCCUCCCAGACGUCUGGAACACAGGAGAACUCAGCUCCCCUGUCCAAGGAGUUUGCGAACACUGUACAGUCACCACAUCAAAAUAAAUCUACUGUGCAGCCCAAACAUCGUGAGUCCACAGAGGCUGCCAUACAGUCCAAAAAACUUGACACUGUUGGAUUCACCGAGUCAUCUGCAUCCCAGGGUCAUGAUCAUACAACACAAUUACCGUUGAGUCAUUCACCUGUGGAACUAGAGGGAUGGGUGCGUCCCUGGGAAAAUCCUAAUGGUAUCCCAUCUGCUGACAUUUCCUGGCUUAAAGAGGACACUAAAAGAGGGCUGUUUACCCCUGUUCAGACAUACAAGGAUGUUACUGGUGUGUUAAAGAGGCGACGGGUGAUUAAAUCAGAUCGCAUGUGGUUUUACCCACCAGAACCUCCUGGCUAUGUCAGGGGUGCUGUGCCCAGUGUACAGCUCUUUUUUCGCAGCCGUGUCUUUUUGUGGCGUCCUGUUGGGGUAUGGAAGUACUCCCUGAAGUGUCCUCGAGCUGACGAGUGUGUGGGUAAAGGACAAAAUGUGCACCUAUAUAAGUCUGGCUAUCACCACCGGGUACGUCACAUCUGUGACGUGUCCAACUGGUACACGAUGCUUACUGAGGUCCUAUGCUGCGGACCAUGUACAAAGGCGGGCAGAAGUGGCGGAGGAGGAAAAGUGGGUUGGUGGUUUGCCUGGGACUCAGCAAUUUUAUCACAACUCAGCAAGGGACACCAAGCCAUAUUCCCAGCCAUCCUGACUAACAAACGUGGUGUGGAUAAGAAUGUUGUACGCUUUCUGAGAGACAGAACCGAAGGAAACACUAUGGUCAAGCUGUGGCGGCAGAUACAGGAGAAUCACAUGGAGGAGUACCUUCAGCGGAAGGACCUGUACACCACACUCCUAAUGACUUUUGCGGAGCCCGGGGGUAUCAUCUCAGCCUUACGGCACACAUUCCAGGCGCCACUUCCUCCAAGAGAGCUUCCCUCUGCAUGGCUGUUGCGCCACGCUUUCCUGCUGGCAGAGGCCAGCAAUGUGAGGGAUUACCGAAGCCAGAUUCUGUCCACUUUUGGCACUGUGCUGAAAAUGGAUUCCACCAAAAAAGUGGUGAAAACGCUGUCUGGGGAAGGUCAAGGCUCAGCAGAAUGGUUCACCAGUAUCGGAAAUGAGCACUCACAAAUAGUUACAUUUGUGCUGACCUGCGAGGAGUCCUUUGACAAGCUGCAGCCAAUGUGCCGUGGAGUCAUGGAGAGGUUUCACUUGGCCAAUCAGCCUGUUCCCAAAAUUUUGUAUGUGGACCGUGGGUGUUGCCGUGCACAGGGACCAUCAGUAGUAGAGGCCUUGUUUCAGCCUUGGGUGGACAGUGGGAUGCUUGUGCAUCUGGACAUCUUUCACUGGAUCCACCGGUUUGAUGCAGCCAUCUAUACAGAGUCUCAUGCAAAGUACUCUGCAUUUAAGUCUGCAGUAGCUGGGGCGGUGCUGGCUUACAACCGCACAGACCUUGAGCUGCUUAUAAGGGCCGUCAGAGCAAAGAACCCAGUAAAAAUGCAGUCUGUGUCCGAUGAGGACGUUGUCUGCCUUUACAUUUCCAGGGAGCAGUUAAAACACCAUCUGCGCAGGGUCACACUUGGGGCUCAGGAAACGUUUUGGCUCAUCCAAUUGGUUAUCGAGGAGCUGAAAGGUCCAGCUGGGCUGGAUGAGAGGGGAGCGACUCUCUUCAAAACACCUGGGGCCAUUGAUGAGAUGUGGGCAGCACAGCAGCGACACCUGGAAUGCAUUCAGGACCCACCAGACAUGAGCAUGUAUAGGGUGGCUCAUACCACAACAAUAAACAACGUGGAUGUCCCCUAUUACAAGUGUCUGUGUGGAAGCAAUAGCCUGGAAGGGUUCCACAAAUUACUUCCUAACAUGAUUCCAGGUCCCCACUGCGCAGCACGUCCCUAUCAGCUUUACCUGAUAAGUGGUAUUGCAAGGUGGAACUCUGACAGGAGCUCAGAUGCUGUAUUUGUUGGCAAAGGAUGGCAUCACAGGAUUUACUCUGCACCGUUGAUCGAUCGCCUCAACACUCGCUGUCAGCAGCUGUUUGGAGAACCUGUAGAAGUAAACUUCCGUGGCCCAGCUGAUCUCACAUCAAAUGAAUUGCUCGGGCUGGAGUACUUGUUCAGCCAAAGCACUGGAGAGUCUGGAACUUUCUCUCUGGAGGGCAUCGUCAGUGAUGGACCUGGUCCUGAGGAGGAGGUGGUUCAGCCUGGGCAACCCAAACCAGAUGAUCGCGAUGAAGCAUACCAGAGUGACGAAGAGGCACGCGACACUGUAUUGGAUACUGUCCUUCCCCACAUUACACUCACCAAUGAUGAGACCUCCACAGUUCACCCUCCAGCCUUUGAAGAUGCCUGCAGUUCAAACCCCCUUCCUGGAUUUGAAAAGCUGGAAAUGUUCUGCUCUGUGCUUGUGGAGAUUAGCCUGAUAGAGGACAAGCUAUCACUUACCACCGAGCAGAGGAACAAGGUCCUCCAAACCUGGAAUAGCGUGGAGGAGCAUGACAAGCAGCCACAAAAGUUUAACCAGCUGUACAAGACCCACUGGGGCAACACCCUCUACUGCCGCACUAAAAGGGAUGACCUUGUUGAUGCUGCUCUUAUACAGAGAGUAAAGAUGGCGAAGCGCUAUGCACCCGCACAACAUGACAUCAGCGCUCAGAGCAACAGGCUAAUGUACACUCUGGUUAAACUUUUGUGGUUGCGCUCACCUCAGGGGUCUCGCAACAGUCCAGAGAAACUGUCUAUUUUAAAGGCCUACGAGCGAAUACAGCACCGGAUUCUGGUGGAAGAUGCUGUUCUCUGUAAAGCAGGCAUUCCUCUCCCUAAAAUUAACAUCAAGACUGUGCGGGACUUCAUUUGUCAGCAAGAAAGGAUCCUUAAUCUGCAUGCAACAAAACAUCCAUCGAUUUUGACCAAGAUCACCUCCAUCUCAUCUGCACACCUACCUCCAGCACCACACCAACCAGCAGUACUCCCUCCUCCAGACUACCCCCUGUUGAAAUAUGAGCCCACGCCCAGCACUGCAGGGACCAAGGUUUUGAAGGGAAGGAGAGACUUGCUGAUGCCAGUCUCCCAGCCUCAGCCACCUCUUCCACCUGUGCCACUACCACCAGCACUUGGAAAGACCCCCGCAACCUCUACCAUCACCAGACCUGUGUCUUCAGUGGCUGCUUCUACAUCAACCUCUGAGACUGUUCGGCCCCCCCUACUGCAAAAAAAAAACCUGCAGCGAGACUAUCCCUGGCAAUAGUGGCCCUGCUACAUCACUCUCUUCCACAUUGGUCAUAACACCCACCAUUAACACACUAGACACUGCAGGCAGACCUUCAGUCUGGGCAAGGGCAACACAGUAUAAGCGUAAGCUUAACGAUCACCCCUCAGAAGUAGGAGCCAAAGUGUCACGGGUGCAAAACCUUCCCAUUUGCAGAAUCUGCCACCAGCCAACCCAAGGACAUAAAAAAUAUUUUAAAAAAAAAACUUUCUGCUCUGUAAAAAUGAUGUCCCCAUCAACAGGUCUGAAAAAUAUAGUUUUUAGCAGCUACGAGCACUUUACCUCCAUGGUUGACCAGCUUGGGGAGGUUUAAAAGGGUUUUCC